ACCGCUCUUAUGCAAAAUGCAGUAGUAUUACUGUGAAUACCGGCAGCAACUCCCGGGUGCACUGCAUCUUCCGGUUUCGCAUUUGGUGAUUAUAUGAAGACAAAUCUGGAGAUCCGAAUGCCGAUGUAUGGAUUGUAAAAAUAUCUAUAUAAUAUGAUAUAAAAGGCAAGGUUAAUUUAUGCCCGAUUACGACAAUGUCAGGCAUGCAUUGCCGUUAACCGGUACUGUUUGCAAAAUGCGUGACCUUAAGUGAUAUUCUGCUAUUCGGAACACCAACCAUGAAAUUCGGGCGGAAAAAAUCUUCCAAGAUGCAGCCGCAUGCCGGUAAUGGAGCAAUCCCGUCGAAAAUGCCGUCAUCUUGUCCAAAUGACGCGGAAAGUACAGCGUCGACAUCCGUGUCCGAUUUGGUCACUGUACAAAGUUAUCCCGAAUCAUCGCGCUUUGACCACUUUGUAUCGACCAUUGGCAAAGUGAUGCGCCCGCCAGCUACUUGCGUCGAUUCCGGCAGCGUCCAAUCAGUACAAUCACGACCGGAAGAAGGUGAGCCGACUGGGGGCGCCGCUGGAAGCAAAGGUCACAGCGUGGGCGUCACCCAGCCUUGCCUAAACGAUUCGGAUGGCGAUGGCGAGCCAGUGAAAAGUGGUCUAAUAUGCUCUUUUAGAAGCAAAGGUAAACGGUUGUCCAAAGACCAACUGGAGCGUUUAAUUGAGCGGCUAACCGUAGUGGAAAAUGAAAAGAACGGGAGAAAUCACAGAAUAAUCUUGCCGAAUUUACGAUAUUCUGCCUAUCUUGCGCGCAAGCAGCAUCAGCUGCGUGUCUUUUAUCACUCGUAAAUUAUAUAAUAUUGUGAAUUCCACAUUGUAAUUCUCCACAGCAGGCAUUCGGUAUAAUAAAAUUCUCGGGGCCA